AUGUGGACGUACGAUGUAAUCUUGGAUCAAUGGAAUACUACCACUUAUGUCAGCAGCGACAAGAACUUACAGCGCCCAGCGUUCGGUGCUGGAACACAAGUCGACGGCCGCGGGCUAGGCUUCUACUAUGGCGGCUGGCUCAGCAGUCGCACCACCCCGGGCUGGAGCGGACCACCGAUAGCCGUCAGCAGUAUAGUCCAGUUCAAUUUCACUACGGGUAACCUCCGAAAUAACACCCACCCCGAUGGCAUUGGUAGAGCGGAAGGACAAAUGGUGUAUCUACCAGUGUCCGAUAACGGGUUGCUCAUCUACUUCGGUGGCAUUGAGGAUCCCUAUCAUAAUGGCAGCCACAACGCCGCUAGCAUGAGCAAGAUUCAUAUUUAUGACAUCAACUCUGGGAAGUGGUAUAGUCAGACUGCUACGGGCGACGUGCCUGCGGCACGAAGGCAAUUUUGCGCAGGAGUCACUUGGCCAGACGACCGUUCAUCGUUCAACAUCUACCUGUACGGUGGAUAUGGAUUCAGCAAUCCUGCUGCAUUCGACGAUGCCUACAUCCUCUCCCUUCCAUCGUUCACCUGGGUCAAGGCAUAUGGCAACUCGGACGCAUUUGGCCACGGGGGAUGCAGCGCAAAUGUUGUGAAUCCUAACCAAAUGUUGAUUAUUGGUGGAUGGUACCCCAACUCAUCUUUUGUGGAUUGCGAUCAGCCUGAUGCGCAAGGUCAGCACAACAUGGUCAUGGGCAAUAAUACAGGGAAGAAGGAGAACGGCAUAUGGGACAAAUACGACCCAAAGUUGACAGACUACGCUGUGCCGACACUCGUAGUGGCUGUAAUAGGGGGCGGACCUACUGGUGGAGCAACAGUCACUGCUCCAGCGACCUGGGAUUCUAACGACGUCAGAGUCUACUACAACAUCAAAGCCACGCCAGCGACUCGAGCGGCCACCCGGCUUCUGCCUGCCACUAGUUCGCCAACGGGUGGUAAAUCUAUCAAGAGAACGAAGAUCGGAGCUAUUGCAGGAGGUACAAUUGGAGGGCUCGUGAUCUUGAUAGCGCUACUGAGUCUCGUCUUGUUCUGUCUGUACCGCCGAAAGAAAGCGAAGAAGACUGGCGUGCACCAAGCCCCUUCUGCUCCACCCGCUGAGCUUGCAGUCUCACAACAUCCUUACGAAAUGUCAACCACAGGCGGGAGCAAGUACAAAUCGACGCAUGCGCACUCAUUCCCUAACGAACUUCCCGCUUACUCCGGGCAAGCGCCUGUACAUCCUCGUCCAAUGAUAUGUGAGCCAACGCGAUCGCACGAGUCGAGUGCAUCGCAAGGACAUGUAUUCAUGGCGUCCCAAUCCGCAGCGUCACAUGAAUCAUCUCCGCAAGCGAGGUACUCUCACCAUUCGCCGAACCAUUCACUCAAUGGCGCAGAGCCGUACUUCGCAUCCGAACAUACGACGUUCAAUGUCCAACAAAAUAAUUCACAGCAGCGGGCUUCUACCAUGGAGCGACGGUACUCCUAUCCUACGCCCAUAUCACCUUACCCUGGUGGUACACGUCAAGAAUCUUCGACAGCUGUUAACACGACCAAUGCGCCGGCGCAGUUCUACACAAGUCCUGUGUCUCCGGAUGCCGCGGCCACUGGUGGAGAACUCGGACAGAAUGGACGGAACUGA